CUAUGUCAUACCCAUGGUUUGCUUCGUUAAUUAUUAGUUGAUCUGGAGUGGGGCAUCAGACGGCUCUAUUUUCCCAAGCACCACAAGCCACUCUGUAGUUCAGCUAGCCACCAGGGCCACUCCAGGAGGAACUGUUCGAUCUGAAACACUCAGCAUGCGCCACACUCACUGUCUGCUGUUUCUCCUGGCUGGAUUCUUGGGGCUCUCUCACAGUCAGCCAGGCCACGAGUCUGCCAGCACAUCCAACCAAACCCAUAAGGAAGUCUCACAACGGAACAUCUCCGGCUACCAGAUUGCCUCCGACAAUGCUGACUUUGCCUUCCGUCUCUACCACCUGAUAGCAUCCCAAAACUCCGAGAAGAACAUUUUCUUCUCCCCUCUCAGCAUCUCCGUCUCCUUGGCUAUGCUGUCCAUAGGGGCUGUCGGGGACACCCAGACUCAGAUCCUUGAAGGCCUGGGCUUCAACCUCACGAAGCUGUCACAGCUUGAAAUCCAUGAGGGCUUCAGGUCCCUGCAGCACACGAUAGCUCGCCCAUUCAGUGAGCUGCAUGUCUCUGUAGGCAAUGUGCUGAUCCUGAGCCAGGGCCUACAGCUCCUCCCUGAGUUUGCCAGCGCCACCGAAACCUCCUAUAACAGCAAAGUCUUGCACGCUAACUUCAGAGACAAGGAGGCUGCGGUCCAGCUCAUCAAUAACUAUGUCCAGGAGAAAACUCAGGGGAAGAUCAGAAAUUUGGUCAGUAACCUGAGCCCGGACGUAAGGAUGGUGUUGGUGAAUUAUAUCUUCUUCCGAGGCCUUUGGAAGAAACCCUUUCCUUUUUCUGGAGUCUCUACCCGUGACUUCUAUGUAGACGAGAACACAGUUGUGAAGGUACCCAUGAUGCUGCAAGACGAGCAGGAACACUGGUACAUCGAGGACAGACGUGUACCCUGCACAGUGUUGCGCAUGGAUUACAAGGGUGAUGCAGUGGCGUUCUUCAUCCUCCCUAACCGAGGCAAGAUGAACGAGGUGGAGCAGGUGCUGUCCCCAGGCAUGCUAAUAAGGUGGAAUCGCUUGCUUCAGAACAGGUUCUUUUACAGAAAGCUCACACUGCAGUUCCCCAAAUUCUCCAUUUCAAAUUCCUAUGCACUGGAUGAGAUUUUGCCCGACUUGGGCUUCCAGGAUCUGUUCACCCCGCACGCCAACUUCUCAAAUAUCAACAAAGGGGAGAAAUUGCAAUUAUCCAAAGUUUUCCACAAGGCCACCCUGGACGUGAAUGAAGUUGGCACAGAGGCUGCAGCAUCCACUGGUUCCUUUGCCAUCUUUCUUUCUGCCCGGCACAAGAAACGUCACCUUACUUUCAACCGGCCAUUUUUGUUGGUGAUAUAUUCCACUAGCACCCAGAAUAUCCUCUUCAUGGGGAAGUUGGUCAACCCCACAGCAUAGCAGACCUGGGACUGGCUGGUCUGUUGCCAGCAGGAAUAUGUGACUGGGGAGGGCUGGGUAUGAGUAACUCUGCAUCCAUGACUUGGGGUGGGGAAGGGCCCCUGACUCCCAAGAAUGGUACAGGAAGGCAUGGGGCUAGAUGGGCUGGAAAGUGGGAGAGACCCUCAUGAUUAAACCAAAUGACAGCUCUGAGACCCCGA